AUGGUGAUGAUGUCUGGCCAUUUGCUGCUGGUGUGUGCUUUUUGCGUGCUGUGGUGCGGUUUAUCUGGAGUUGCUGCCGAUGAUGCUGGUGAUGUUGGUUCUCUUGAGGAAAAUGGUACUGGCAAGGACGAAAAUGAGUUGAAAGGAAUAUCUUCUCUAGGUUUGAGUUUACCAAAGGGAAAAGAGAAACCAGCAGCAGCAGCAUUGGGAGGAGGAGGAGCCCCAGAUUCACAGGGAGGGAAGGAUACUUCGAUGUCAGAAGAGGGUGAAAAUAUCCUACAAGAACAUGGAGUGAAUUUAUAUGUCGAUCUACCCAAAACAAAUGAGGAUGAAAAUGAAAAUAAAGGCUUGACGGAUGCUGGACUUGACACGAGGAAUCAAGCAGCACCACCAACACCUCUUCCGGGCACAUCAGGAGAAUCGCCAGAGCCUCCACUAUUACCAGCAGUGAAGGGACCACCGGCAUCCCCGGGGGUCUCUUCACAAGAACCACCUACCCAAGCAUCAACGAAGCUAACAGUACCUGUACAGCCAGCAGAGCUCAACACUGCGGGCUCGGUGACACCGGUGCAGUCACAGGGAGGACCAGAGACAAUGCAGCCAACUCAAGAACCUCCAAAAGUA